UUUUUACUUUAUUUGGAAUCUGUACUGUUAAUGGUUGUGGAGGCGGGAAUUGUUUCCGCAAUUUCGUGAUUUCCCGCCAUGUUUUUCACAAUUUGUUUUGAAACAAGCCGCUUUGAGCUUUUUGAUUCAUUCCCCCCCUUUUUUCAAGCAAUACCUUUGAAUCUGCAUUCUAUAAAACACAUUUGAGCCUCCAUUUACUCUCAGUUUAUCUGUUCAAAAAUAUUACCGGAAAAUCAAACUCCGGAUCUGUGUUUUUUUAUCUGCUGAGAAAAUGGGAACGGCGAGGCUGUUAGAUUCGGAAGAAAGUGGUGCCGUGAAACCAACAGAAAUGAAGAAAAAAGGCAAACAAGCCAAAGUCAAAGCUACAGCUGAGGCAUCCGAUGUUACAAUGGAAGAUAAAACAAAAGUAGCCAAAUCCACCAAACCUAAACCAAAAAGAGGAAGAUUAAACAACACUGAAAAUGCUCCAGUUUCUAGAAAGAUGCCAAAACGAGCUGCUUCAUGUACUGAUUUCAAAACCAAAUCAGUUCGCUUAUCAGAAAAAUCUUCAACAAUUGAAAACAAAAAAGUCAAAGUGGUGGAAGAAGAAAUAGCAGCCCUAAGUUUAGUUCCUGGACCCGAUGAUCCAAGACCCAAUAGAAGAUUAACCGAUUUUAUCUUUCAUGAUGCUGAUGGCAACCCACAACCUGUUGAAAUGCUAGAAGUUGAUGAUUUAUUCAUAUCUGGCUUAAUUCUUCCAUUAGAAAAAACUUCUGAAAAAGAAACAGGUGUUCGUUGUGAAGGAUUUGGGCGAAUUGAAGAUUGGUCAAUAUCCGGAUAUGAAGACGGGUCACCCGUUAUUUGGGUAUCCACUGAGCUUGCUGACUAUGACUGUGUCAAACCUUCCGGAAGCUACAAGAAACUAUUUGAUCUUUUUCAAGAAAAAGCAAAUGCAUGUAUUGAAGUCUACAAACGCCUCUCAAAAUCUUCAGGUGGGAAUCCAGAUUUGAGUCUUGAUGAAUUGCUUGCUGCUCUUGUGAGAUCAUUAAGUGGAAGUAAGAAUUUUCCUCAUGGAGCUUCUAUUCGUGACUUGAUUGUUUCAUGGGGUGGUUUUAUUUUUGAUCAACUUGUUAGUUUGGAUGAGAUGCCCGAAGGUGCUGACCGGGCUUUUGUUGAGCUGCCCGUGCUUGCUGCCCUGAGAGACGAAAGCAAGAAACAUGAAGCAUGUGUAGGUGUGAAGAUUCCAUCUGGAGCUUCCUUGAAUGCACCUUUGAAGAUUGGAGAUGGAGAAAAGGUAAAUAAUUCAAAUGGGGGUGAUGAAGAUGAAGACAUGAAGUUGGCUAGGGUUUUGCAAGAAAAUGAAAAUUGGCAAUCUUUGAAGCAAAAGAAAAGGGGAAGACAAGGGAAUUCAUCAAGCAAGUUGUACAUUCAGAUCAAUGAAGAUGAGAUAGCAAAUGAUUAUCCUCUUCCUGCUUAUUACAAGUCUGACAUUCAAGAAACUGAUGAGUAUCUUAUCUUUGAUGAUUCUGACACUGUUGACUCAGAUCAGCUUCCAAGAAGUAUGCUUCAUAAUUGGUCACUUUAUAACUGUGACUCAAGGUUGAUUUCACUGGAGUUACUUCCUAUGAAGCCAUGUGCAGACAUUGAUGUUACAGUUUUUGGAUCUGGAACAAUGACUGCUGAUGAUGGAAGUGGAUUUUGUUUAGAUAAUGAUACAAGUGGUUCUUCGGGUUCCACUGAUCAACUAAAUGAAGAUGGGAUUCCUAUUUAUUUGAGUGCUAUAAAGGAAUGGAUGAUUGAAUUUGGAUCUUCAAUGGUUUUUAUUUCAAUUCGAACUGAUAUGGCCUGGUAUAGACUAGGAAAGCCAUCAAAGCAAUAUGCUCCAUGGUAUCAAACAGUUCUCAAAACAGCAAGACUUGCCAUUGCCAUUAUCACAUUGCUAAAAGAGCAAACUCGUGCAUCAAAGUUAUCAUUUUCUGAAGUCAUAAAAAGAUUAUCAGAAUUUGAGAAAAGUAACCCUGCUCACAUAUCAUCAAACCCUGCAAUUGUAGAAAGAUAUGUAGUGGUUCAUGGCCAAAUUAUUCUACAACAAUUUGCAGAGUUCCCUGAUGACACAAUCAGAAGGUGUGCUUUUGUGUCUGGACUUGAAGACAAAAUGGAACAAAGACAUCACACCAAAUGGUUAGUGAAGAAAAAGGCGAUUUUGACAAAAGCAGAAAACAUGAAUCCAAGAGCAGCAAUGGGGCCUGUGGUUUCAAAAAGAAAGGCAAUGCCUGCUACAACAACAAGGUUGAUUAAUAGGAUUUGGGGCGAGUUUUACUCGAAUUACUCACCAGAAGUGAAGGAGGGCGAUUUGAUAAAUGUCAAGAAAGAUGAUGAAGAAGAAGAACAAGAACUAGAAGAAAAUGAAAAUGAAGACUGUGAAGAACCUGAAGAAGAAAGCAUAACUUUACCUCAAGAAUCUGAGAAACCCAAUUCUGCAACGAAGCAAAAGAAAACUAAGAGCUCAAAAACAGACAUAAGUUGGGUGGGGAAAUCGAUUGGGAAGAUGCCAGGUGGCAAGAAUCUUUAUAAAUCUGCUGUUAUUAGAGGAGAAGUGGUGGCUUUAGGUGGUUCAGUGGCAGUUGAAAACCCUAAAUCAGAUGAUGAUUCUAUUUAUUAUGUGGAGUAUUUGUUUGAAGAUUCUGAUUCUAGAAAGUUUGUUCAUGGGAGAUUGAUGUUAAGAGGUAAAGAAACUGUUUUAGGUGACAUAGCAAGUGAAAGGGAAGUCUAUUUGACUAAUGAUUGCUUGGAUUUUGAGCUUGAUGAUGUCAUACAAACUGUGGUUGUGCAAACAAGAACACUUCCAUGGGGGCAUCAACAUCGGAAAGCUAAUGCCAGUUUUGAUAAAGCUGAUAGAGCAAAAGCUGAAGAAAGGAAAAACAAAGGUCUACCUGUUGAGUUUUAUUGUAGGAGUUUAUAUUGGCCAGAAAGAGGUGCUUUCUUUUCUUUGAAGACUGAUAAAAUGGGACUUGGGAAUGGAAUGUGUGAUUCCUGCGGAAUCAUGGAGGAUGAAAAUAAAAAGGAGGUUUUUGAGGUUAAUGAAUCAAAGACAGGGUUUAUGUAUAUGGCAACAAAGUAUGAUGUUGAUGACUUUGUUUAUGUUGGUUCUUAUCACUUUGAGUCAGAUGAAAGGGGGAAUGAGACUCAUAAAGGUGGAAGGAAUGUAGGGCUUAAAGCUUAUGUCAUUUGUCAGUUGAUGAAGAUUGAAACCCCUAAAAACUCAAAACUAAAUGACCCUGAUUCAGUUAUGCUUCAAGUUAGAAGAUUUUAUAGACCUGAGGAUUUGUCUUUGGAUAAAGCAUAUAGAUCUGACAUUCAAGAGGUGUAUUACAGUGAAGAAGUCCAUAAGUUGGAAGUAUCAGCAAUAGAAGGAAAGUGUGAAGUUAGAAGGAAGAAAGACCUUUCUUCACAAGACACUACAUACAUCUUUGACCAUGUCUUCUUUUGUGAACGCCUUUAUGACCCUAAAAAGGGAUCUCUCAAACAGCUACCUGUUAACAUUAAGCUAAGUCCACCUAAAGAAACCCCAGCCAAUGAGGCUGCAAUUAGAAAAAGAAAAGGAAAGUCUAAAGAAGGAGAGAAUGAUGAUGUUGAAAUGACUGAAACCAAAGAGGGUUUUACUUCAAAGAACAUUUUAGCCACUUUAGAUAUUUUCGCUGGAUGUGGUGGCUUAUCUGAAGGCUUAACAAAAGCAGGGGCAUCUGUAACAAAAUGGGCAAUUGAAUACGAAGAGCCUGCUGGUGAUGCUUUUAGACUUAAUCAUCCAGAAGCAUUAGCAUUUGUGAAUAACUGCAAUGUCAUACUAAAGGCUAUCAUGGCAGCAUGUGGUGACGUGGAUGAUUGUAUUUCAACUACUGAGGCUGAUGAACAAGCUGCAAAGCUUGAUGAAGAUAUGAUAAAAAAUCUACCUCGACCUGGACAAAUAGAUUUCAUCAAUGGUGGCCCACCAUGCCAGGGGUUUUCGGGUAUGAAUAGGUUCAAUCAAAGCACAUGGAGCAAAGUUCAAUGCGAAAUGAUUUUAGCAUUUUUAUCAUUUGCUGAAUACUUUCGCCCCAAAUACUUUCUUCUAGAAAAUGUCAGAAACUUUGUGUCCUUCAAUAAAGGACAAACAUUCCGUUUAGCUCUUGCUUCACUUCUUGAAAUGGGUUAUCAGGUGAGAUUUGGAAUAUUAGAGGCUGGAGCUUUUGGUGUUUCUCAAUCAAGAAAACGGGCAUUCAUUUGGGCAGCUUCACCUGAAGAAAUCCUGCCCGAAUGGCCCGAACCAAUGCAUGUGUUUGCAAGUCCAGAACUUAGGGUUUCACUAAAUGGAAACUCUCAGUAUGCAGCUGCUAGAAGCACUGCAUCUGGUGCACCUUUUCGUGCAAUUACAGUUAGAGACACAAUUGGUGAUCUCCCUCCUGUUGGAAAUGGUGCUUCUAACCCAACCAUUGAGUAUAAAAACGAGCCUGUUUCUUGGUUUCAAAAGCGGAUUCGUGGAGAUGCCUCUGUUUUAACUGAUCAUAUUUCAAAGGAAAUGAAUGAGUUGAAUGUGAUUAGGUGUCAAAGGAUCCCUAAACGCCCUGGUGCUGAUUGGCGUGACCUCCCUGCAGAAAAGGUUAAGCUGUCAACUGGACAGAUGGUUGACCUUAUACCAUGGUGUUUACCAAACACAGCUAAAAGGCAUAACCAAUGGAAAGGUUUAUAUGGAAGGCUUGAUUGGGAGGGGAAUUUUCCAACUUCUAUUACUGAUCCUCAGCCAAUGGGUAAAGUUGGAAUGUGUUUUCACCCUGAUCAAGAUAGGAUUUUAACAGUUCGUGAAUGUGCUCGAUCUCAGGGUUUCCCUGAUGGAUAUAAGUUCUCGGGGAAUAUUCAACAUAAGCACAAGCAGAUUGGAAAUGCGGUUCCUCCUCCAUUGGCAUAUGCAUUGGGGAGGAAACUCAAGGAGGCACUAGAAAUAAAACAGAAGCAGUUAAGCAAGUGAUGGGACUUUUAUGGUGUUUGGUUAUGAGUUGAAGAAUUGUAGUGAAUGUAUAUAUAGAAGUUUAUGCUGAGUAUGUGAUUUGAAUUUGCUUUUCUUAUCGGUUGAAAAUAAUUGAAAGUUGAAAACCUUGUAAGGAUGUUGGAAUUGAAAUUUGCAUUUUUAGCU